AGUGGAAGGAAUAGUGCCCCAUCGUUGGUAUCAGUGGCGGGAAAAGUGCCCCAUCAUUGGUAUCAGUGGGGAGAAUCGUGCCCCAUCAUUGGUGUCAGUGGGGGUGAGGGAAUAGUGCCCCAUCGUUGGUGUCAGUGGGGAGGAGGAAUAGUGCCCCAUCGUUGGUGUCAGUGGGGGAGGAACAGUGCCUCAUCGUUGGUGUCAUGGGGGGAGGAAUAAUGCCUCAUCGUUGGUGUGAGUGGGGGAGGAAUAGUGCCCCAUCAUUGGUGUCAUUGGGGAGGAGGAAUAGUGCCCCAUCGU